GAACAACCUGAGGAGCAGCCGACACAACCAGACCCCGUCGACACGAAGGAGAAGAACCUGGAUGAUCACAAGGGAAAAGGACUAGAAAACCCAGCUUUUGACAUGUCUGAUGAGAAACCAGACGAGUCGGAAGGAAGUCCAUCGGUAUCACAUGACGUCAGCGAGUCUAAGGACCAGCUGGUGACUCAGGAGGGUUCUCAGGAGGGUUCUGUUGCCUGGAGGACCUACCACCAGUACUGUAAAGCUGCAGGAGGGUACAUACUGCUGUCUCUCAUCAUCAUCAUCUUCAUCUGCUUGGUGGGGACCACUGCCUUCAGCAACUGGUGGCUCAGCUACUGGCUGGAGCAGGGAUCAGGGACAGCGAACGUGUCGAAUUCCACCGCAGGGAACAUCUCCCUGAACCCUGACCUGAGCUUCUACCAGAUGAUUUACGGCCUGGUGGUGGUGGCCAUGCUGGUCUUCAGCUUCAUGAAGGGCUACUCUUUCACCAAAGUCACGUUGCACACAUCCUCCAAGCUACACGACACCAUGUUCAGAAAC